GGAUAAACUGUUGGGGGCAAGGGUUUAGAAACAAAACCCUAAUUAUUUCCCUUGACUUUCUAAAGCCCCAUACAUACAUACAUACACACAAUUUGAUUCGCAACAACUUGCUUUAGUUUCAGCAUCGCAUAGAAGCUAUAGAGAUAAUACUGUAGAAUAGAAUUGAACCACGAACAGAGUAUACAGAAUCUGAGAAAUUGUAAAAUGGAGAUUGAUACAGAUACAACAGUGGAGAAGAGGGUGAUAAUAAACAACGUCAUGUGUCUUUUGACAGACCCAGAUGGUGCUCCUCUUGGUGCUCCUAUGUAUCUACCUCAGAAUAUCGGUCCACAACAACUCCAACUCAUUGUUAAUCAGCUUCUACGCAAUGAGGAGAAAUUGCCGUAUGCUUUUUAUAUAUCAGACGAGGAGCUUCUUGUACCACUUGAAACAUACUUGCAAAAGCACAAAGUCUCGGUGGAAAAGGCAUUGCCUAUAGUUUGUCAGCCUCAAGCUGUUUUCCGGAUUCGUCCUGUGAGUCGAUGUUCCGCAACAAUUUCUGGUCAUGGCGAAGCUGUGUUGAGUGUUGCCUUUAGUCCUGAUGGGCGACAGCUGGCAAGUGGUUCUGGUGAUACUACUGUUCGAUUUUGGGACCUUGGAACUCAGACACCAAUGUACACAUGCACAGGACACAAAAACUGGGUCCUUUGUAUUGAAUGGUCACCAGAUGGCAAGUAUCUUGUAAGUGGGAGCAAGUCAGGAGAACUUAUCUGUUGGGACCCAAAAACUGGAAAGCAGUCAGGAAAUGCUCUAAUUGGCCACAAGAAAUGGAUUACCGGUAUCUCUUGGGAACCUGUCCACCUGAAUGCUCCUUGCCGUCGCUUUGUAAGUGCCAGCAAAGAUGGAGAUGCUCGUAUUUGGGAUGUUUCUUUAAAGAAAUGCAUUGUACUCAGUGGCCACACACUUGCAGUAACAUGUGUCAAAUGGGGUGGCGAUGGUGUAAUUUAUACGGGGUCCCAGGAUUGUACAAUCAAAGUUUGGGAAACCACACAAGGGAAGCUAAUUCGGGAACUGAAGGGGCACGCGCAUUGGGUUAAUUCUUUGGCAUUGAGCACAGAGUAUGUUCUUCGCACUGGAGCUUUUGAUCAUACUGGAAAACAUUAUUCAUCUGCAGAGGAAAUGCAGAAGGUCGCUCUUGAAAGGUACAAAGCAAUGAGAGGUAAUGCGCCUGAAAGAUUGGUCUCUGGAUCUGAUGAUUUCACAAUGUUCCUUUGGGAACCCUUCGUCGACAAGCACCACAAAACUCGCAUGACAGGUCAUCAGCAGCUUGUGAACCAUGUCUAUUUUUCACCUGAUGGGCAAUGGAUAGCGAGUGCAUCUUUUGAUAAAUCUGUGAAGAUAUGGAAUGGAACUACAGGAAAAUUUGUCACUGCCUUUCGUGGCCAUGUUGGGCCUGUUUACCGGAUCAGCUGGUCUGCUGACAGUAGACUUCUUUUAAGUGGCAGCAAAGAUUCUACACUUAAGGUUUGGGAUAUUCGGACUCGCAAGUUGAAGCAAGACCUUCCGGGCCAUGCCGAUGAAGUGUUUUCUGUUGAUUGGAGUCCAGAUGGAGAGAAGGUAGCUUCUGGUGGUAAGGAUAAAGUGUUGAAGUUGUGGAUGGGAUAGGCUAUUAUUGCAUCAACAUUGUGAAUCUAUUCUAUAGUUUUGGUGUAUGUAACUCCCAUGAUGUUCCCAUGAUGUUGCCACUGCAUGGAAAUCAAUGGCUCACUAUUGUGUCGAUACAAAAUCGUCUUUAAAUUAUGAGCUAUGAAUGAAUGUCUAUUCCACACACUACAUACCACUGAGAUUAGGCACCGGAAGAACAUGUUGCUCAAAUUAAGUCUCAGGUAAAGAAGCUGCUUGAAUUGCUUGGGGGGUCUAUUAUAUGGUUACUAGAAUAUACUUUGCUGUUUUUUUUUUUGUUUUGUUUCAAAGUCUUUCUUUUUUUUUGUAUUAUGUCCUAUUUUAACCAUAGUUAGGGUAUUGUUUCUUAAUGACAACUAUGGGAAUUUUGUUAUUUUAUUUGGUAAUUAUAAACCGAGUGUGCGAGGGAUAGCCCCAAAUGGCUUUUGUUUGCGACAGUUUA